AUGGCGAUAAUCAUCAUCUUCAACAUUUUUCUUACGCUUUUGCUAACCCUUCGCAUAGUGCUCACUUUGCUAAAAUAUAUCGUCUCCAACUUGUUUCGAUACGGUGGAGUCGCUUCGGGUCUUCACGAAGAACAUGUAUGCUUGGUUGAUCUUCCGAUUAUUCGGUUCCAAGAUUUGCAAUACAUCCGGCAGAGAUCUGUGGACGGGAUGUGCUUCAUCUGUUCCAAUGAUUACAACGGUGAUGAGGUGGUUACUCAGCUCAGCCGGUGUGGUCACGCCUUCCACUCUGACUGUAUCGGAAAACUCCUUCGCGAGAAGGAGACCUGGUGUCCGUAUUGCCAGACACCAGUGUUCUCCGGGCUUUCACAUGUGGCUUUGAAGAGUUUUUGA